CGAGCGGUCUUUGCUUCGCCGCGGACUAGCUGGCUAGCAACCAGCCAAAAACGUGCAGCGGUUUGUUGUUCAAGGCGAUCGUCGUAUCGACGGCAACCCAGCAGUCCACGAUUUUCAAGGUUGCUUGCUGCCAAAACCUUUGCCAAAAGAGAAGGGCUGGCUGUUCUCGUAUUGAAUUCAGCAAUGGGCGCCGCGCUGGGUCAGAAGACACAUGUGACGAAUCGAGCAAUGGGCUUCGCGCUGUUGGUUGGUCGGAAGCUUCUAGAAGAUGACGCAGUGGGCAUGCAGCUGGCUGGCUGGCUGGCUGUCAUCGGCGCUGUUUGGGCAGCCUGACUGAACUAGUAGCUUGUGUACAGUAGGAAUGGAGUCUGCUAUUCCCUGCUCUGGAGAUGUGAUGACGUUGGUGGUCCGUUUGAAUCGUCGGCAACAAGAGCGCCAUGGCCGCGUUCUCUGUUUUGGCCCUGUCGACAACGGGACGCGCCAUACCGUACGGCAGCCAUACUGACCGUUAACUGGAAACUGACAAAGGAGGCUUGUGCCUCACUGCCCUUUGGAAGUUUAGUCAAAACCACCCUUGACUCCACUCCCACCAGCUUUGUCUCUUCAUGCAGAUUACGAAUUGAAAAUGGAAGUUGUCAGCGGCGGUAUCAGUAGUACAAGUCAGUUUCAAGGCCAAGAGGCUCUGGGAAGCCAGCUCUUUGUCCACACGCCUCCCAUUCUCUCCCGACAAGAAGGAUACGAUCACCGACUUGCCUUGUUUGGCGUACCCCCCACGAAUGGGUCCAUCACAGAAAAUCUCAUUUAUGCUGACUCGACGCUAUGUGAUCCCAAUGUUGACACGACCAUUGGAUAUCCAGUGCGAGAAUCGGAUGAUGGUGGGUUGAUGGCUCCUUGGCCAACUCCAUUCAUACUCCUGGUGGAUCGAGGAGAAUGUACCUUUGUCACCAAGGUGCGACAUGCCCAACGCGUCGGUGCCUCGGCUGUCGUGAUUGCGGACAAUCGAUGCCUUUGCAGUGACGCCCAGUGCAUUCCAGAUGUUGCAGGACAAGUUUGUGAAAUAAGAGAACCCAUCCUAGCCGACGAUGGUUCCGGGUCCGACAUUAUCAUUCCUUCCGUGCUCAUUUUCAAGCCAGACGGGGAUGCUCUCAAAGCUAAAUUACGCAACAAUGUACCGGUCCUAUUGGAAUUGCGCUUUGCGGCGCCCAACACGCUUGUGGAUGGAGUGUCGUAUGAGCUUUGGUAUACACCCGGUAGUCCCAAUCCACUUUUACAAGAAUUUCGAGACAUUGCCGUGGUGUUGGGACGCAACAACAAUAAUGUCACCUUUACUCCCUUUCACUACAUUUACGAUGGGAUACUGGCGGGUUGCUAUUCCAACGACCCGUCAGCCGAAGGCUUGUGCUACAACUUGUGUACCAACGCAGGGCGCUACUGCGCAACUGACCCUGACAACGAGUUGGAUGUGGGCGUUUCGGGAGGUGAUGUUGUCCAAGAGAGCCUGCGGCGCAUGUGCAUUUGGGAGCUAUAUGGCAAGGACGAUGGGAUUGGCGAACCGUGGUGGGACUACGUCCAGUACUUUGAAUCCUAUUGCGGCCUAGACCGAUUCAAGGACGACGACUGCCUGUCCGAUGCCUACAAACAAUCGGGGGUCGAUCCUGCUCGGAUACAACAGUGCAUGAAAGUGGAUUCGGGAGGAUUGGAAGGAGAUACUACCAACAGUUUGAUGGAACAAAGCUUGGAAGCUCAGAGACGACGCGGCUUGCAAGAAGUCCAGGCAGCGUUUGUCAAUGGAGCGCUGGUUCCUGGGGCGCUCUCUGCCGAAGGACUACUUUGGGCUGUGUGUGCUGGCUUUGCCGCACCACCCUUGGUGUGCAACUCUUGUCUUUACAACAUGGAGAGUGACUGCUUUGAGGAGGAUGUUGUCAGCUGCGCUGCAGCAGGAGGCAACUGUCCCGGCAUUAUUUCAGACGAGAGUGGUGUACAGGGAAACAACAAUAGUGCUGCUGCUUGGAAUUCAUCAUCAUCAUUCUUGAAUGGUACGAAGGUCGACAACGCUACCGUAGUCGAAGGCAAAACUGCCGCCGAGAUUCCCGAGUCGGAGGCAAAGAACGACGCAACGGCUGUCACGCCAAAGAAGGAAGCAAAGCAAAGCUCUGGGGGAAGCGUGCGUACGGGCUGGGCACAUUCUCUGGGGUUUCUUGGUUUUGUGGCUCUGCUGCUAUGGCCAUUGACAAUUUAGGAGUGUCUUGAAGCUUAUGCAUGCCAUUCUAAUGCUGAAGCCGCAACAGGGCUUUCAGUGGAUGCUCAUCGCGUCAGGGCUCUAGCUUGGUGGCGCUGGAAUGUGACAUCCAUAGCAAAUACUGCGAAUCCAGGAGAAUGGGGAGCAGCCAACGCAGCAAGCAGGUUUCUCGAUACCAACCAAGUACCGGUACGGGGCUUCCUACCUGUAGUUGCAAUGUCCUCGGAAGGGUUUUCGGUGGCCUCUCUUCGAUUCGUGUACUUCCUGGGUACCAGUACUCACUUGGACGAAACUGUGUACCGUGAAUUGGCCGCGUAUUGAAAGGCAUCCAGGAAGCUGAAUGACGAAUCAAAAUCAAAUCAAAUCGGACCAGGACAAUCUAAUCACUCGUAUUCAACCCUGCUCAGCAAUAGGCGUCCAUCAGUCAGUUUGGCACCACAUAUGCUCUUCCUAUUUGUUCAUAGCACCGGCCUUUUUUUUCACCAUCAACCUUUGCUGCUUGCACGUGGUAUCCCGUCGCAGUCCCCUGACGUGCUUUCAGAAACGAAGGCUUCUACAGAAAUGUUUCUCGGUUUUCAUGGAUGUUUAGUUUAACAUGUACAAUGUAGCUAGUAGGUUGCACCGUUAGCAGAAGGAAGCGAAUGAUUCAAUCUGUCCGCCCCAACACCUACUAGCCAGUCAGCC